AUGAGAGAUGUGAAUGGACCAGCACACACACACCCCCCACCACCACCACCAAUACCAACAUUUAAAAAAAAUAAACCCACAUGCUGCUGAUCUUCUGGCAUGAAUGAAUGACCUGAGCCACAAGACAUUUUCUUCUCUCUCCAAGGAAAUCUGUAAAAACUCCACAAGAGUCUUCCAGGCAUCAUGAUCCUCCUUUCUAUUUCCAUCUUCUGGCUCUCUGUCUGUGUGGACCCCAUCAGUGCAGAUCCUCCCAUUACUGUAGAAGCUCAUGUGGGUUCCACAGCUCUCCUGCCCUGUAACCUGAGUGAAGACUUCACCCAAACACCACACAUUCAGUGGCGUGCUGAUGAUAAGAUUGUGUUUGAGAGAAACAUUAAUAGUAUAGAUGACGGUAAAGGAUAUAAAGGACGUGUGGACGUUCCUGAGGACGAGCUGCGUAAAGAAAACUGUUCUCUGGUGUUGAAGGACGUCAGAAUCACUGAUCACGCUUUCUACACAUCCUUUGUACUGGAACAUGUGGAGGCUACAAAAACUUACAAAACAACAAAAAUCAACAGAGUUCACCUCAAUGUUUUUCAGAGUGUAUCAGCUCAGGUGGGAUCCACAGCAGUGCUACCAUGUGACUGGAGACAUCUGUCCAUCCAAACACCUCAUGUUGAGUGGCGUAUUGGUGAUGAGACUGUGUUUAAGCGACUGGGUAAAGAGUCAUUUCAGGGUGAAGGAUAUGAGGGACGUGUGGAUGUUCCUGAGGAGGAGCUGCUUAAAGGAAACUGUUCCCUGGUGUUGAAGAAUGUUAGAGUUACUGAUGAAGCUCGGUACAGCAGCUACAUGGUAGUGAUAAACUACUACAAAUUGGUCCAGAGGGUGAAACUCUCAGUCAGUGAAAAACCUGAAGUGAGGGACAAUGAUCCAUCAGCUCCUCCAGAUGAAGCUGAUGGAAGAAACCUGAUGAUCAUCAUUAUUUACAUCCUGUGUUUUCUUCUCAUUUUUAUUGCAAUUUUUACUGUUAGAAAAUCAGAGUAAGUUUAUAAACUUGCAGAGACUCCAGUGAUCUCAGGAGCUCCAGCUCACAGAAUAAUAGAAAUGAGGAAGAGCUCAGUGUGUCUCCUUAAAAUUAACAAGUGACCUAUAAGAUGGAGAACAUUUCUGAUUGCUCUUCACAUGAAGCUGUGAUGCUGAAACACCACAAUAUCAGCACAUGAGAAAGAAUCAGUAUUUACCAAGAGCAUUUUAUACCUUACAGCUACUAGCAGGUGCUUUAUUGUUUUCAUAUAUUUACAUUUACCGCACUUAUCAGACGCCCGUAUCCAGAGCGACUGACAUUUAUAUCAUUUAUACAACUGAGCAGUUAUGGGGUUAAGAGCCAUUCUCAGGGGCCCAGGAGUGGCAGCUUGGUGCAGCUGGGAUUUGAACUCAUGACCUUCAGACUUAGACAUAUGAUAUUUUUGGUUUUGAUCAAAACAAAAUACAGACAUUUCUAUUAUUCUGAUUUGAUUUAGUGAUUAUGGGGUGCUGAGUGUUGAAACAAUUGAAAGUUGUAAAAGUUCAACAGUUUUUCUUCUGUAUGA